AUGGCACGGUCACGCUCUAGAUCCCCCAGGUGGAGGCACAGGUCUUUAUCACCAGUGCCUAGAAGUUCUGAACACUACAAGCAAAGAUAUGAGCAUUAUGGCUACGACUACAGGAAGGAUCCAAAAAGACCCAUCACUUGGAGAAUGGACAAUGAGAAACAUGGACAGAGUAAACCAAGGAUUUCUUCUCGUGAAAAUAUAUAUUAUCGAUCUUACGAGCAUAGAUCACCUUCCCCAAGCACAAGAGGAAACUCUUCAGAAAAGUUUUAUGCUUAUAAGCCUCCCCAAGUAUAUUUACCAGAAAGAGGAGAUGAUAGUAACAGAAGAGCUCAAUAUAUGCCCAGACACUCAGAAGGUAUAUUCUACAAAGAGCACCAGAGGAGUUGUUAUCCCCAGAAAGCACAAGGAAGGUAUAUUCCUGAUGACCACAGAAAUAGAGGAAGUGGAAAAGGAGGGACACCACCUGUGAGAUCAACACCAGAUUCUUUUAGAUUCGAAGGACAUUGGCAUGAAGAUGAACCGAGGCACCAGAGGAUACAAGAUGAAAAAUACUCUCAGUCACUUAGAAGAGGCUCUGAAGAUUUUGAGAAAAGGAGCUCUUUUCAGAGGAGGUAUCCUGAGGAUCAUGAUUUCAGAAAAUAUGGACACACAUCAAAAAGACCUCAAGAUGUGGAGAGGUAUGAAAACAGAGAGCCUGCCAGGAGCCCGCAGUGGAAAUCCAGGCAUUUUUCUGCUCCUUACCAAGAGAAGAAAGAUCAGUGGAACUUCGAAACCCAAACUCAUCGAUAUGCUCCAAGGGAAUUCCCAGAGACCAGUUCAGCAGCCAAGGUAUCCUGUGAUUCUCGCCACAAAUAUUGGAAGACCUCAGACGGCGACAAGGACUUUUAUGAUGGAAGACCUCAGAAGUACCCUAAGGAAGAAGAUAGAAAAUUGGGUUCUCAAAAAUGCCCUGUGAAUAGAGAGUCCAGUUGUUCUCAUGCUGGAAGAGGGAGAGAGACUGAAGGUGGGCAAGUCAGAGAAUCUUCUAAGCCAUCUAAGAAAGACUGCACUGCCUUAACCCAUUCAGAUAAAAGCGAUGUUGAUUCGAGAUCCUAUAAGGACACACGGAAGGACAAAAUAAAGAAAGAAAGGGCUGGCAGUAAAAAGAGCAAUUUUUCCUGUAACCAACUUGAUAAUAGUGAUUCUGACUUGAAGCCUUCAUUUGUAUUUCUUAGGAAGAAAUCACUUACAGUUAAAGUAGCUGUGAAGCAAACACAGGAUACAUCUAGGGUUGCUUCUAGCUAUUCCAAAGAGAGACAGAUGUCACAUGAUUUGGUUGCUGUUGGCAGGAAAAAUGAAAAGUUUCAUCCAGUGUUUGAACAUCUUGACUCAACUCAGAAUACUGAAAACAAACCUACAGGAGAAUAUGCUCAGCAAAUCAUAACUAUAAUCCAUCAAGUUAAAGCAAAUUAUUUUCCAUCACCUGAAGUAACUCUGCAUGAGCGUUUCUCAAAAAUUAAAGUUAAAAAAGCUGCAGAUGUAAAGGCAACUAAGUUGAGCUCGGAUCCAGAAAUUCACAGGAGAAUAGAUAUGUCUUUGGCCGAGCUUCAGAGUAAACAAACUAUGGUAUAUGACUCAAAACAGACUCUGGUCAAAAUAAUAGAUCCAAAUGACCUACGACAUGACAUUGAAAGAAGGAGAAAAGAACGGUUACAGAAUGAAGAUGAGCACAUUUUUCACAUAGCUAGUGCUGCAGAGAGGAGUGAUCAGCAUUCCAGUUUUUCAAGGUCAAAGGAUACUCAUGUUGAUGGAUUCCAAAAACCUACAUCUAUUGAAAAAUCAAAUUUUAGAAAAUUUAUUCAGAAACCUUACUCAAUUUAUCCUGUGCAGAGAAAAGAUAUUACUCACAGACCAUUUGAAGGUGAGGAAAGCCAUCAAAAUACAAGAGGCUUUAGAAGACCUUUUAAGACCAACUUUAGAGGUGGCAGAUUUCAUUUCCAACAUAAAUCAGACCUAGUACAGAAGAGCUUGUACAUUCAGGCUAAAUAUCAGCGUUUACGGUUCGCUGGUCCAAGGGGAUUUAUCACUAAUAAAUUCAGAGAAAGAUUACUGAGGGAAAAAAAGGAAUAUACAAACAUUGACCCAGCAGUCUAA